AUUAAAACUAGUCCGAUAUUUAAUCUUUCACAGUUGUAAUUACACGGCUGUUUUACCAAUAUCUAUGUUGAAUUUUAACUACCAUCAAUAUUUUGUUUACCUUCUCCUUGAUCACUACACAAAGUAUUGACAUUCUUUUUCUGUUUUUAAAUUCACGACUGUCAAUUUGUACGUUGAUUGCGAAUUUCCGAGACAGUUUCGGAGACGACCGGUAGCCAUAUUCUUUUAUCAGUAUUUACAAUAAUAAUACUCUUGGAGAAGAUAAUCUUAAGUAGAACUGAUUGAGGUUAUACUUCAUAGUGUCUGGAGCUAUCAGUGGUGAAUGACCAGGAAUUCAAGUUCGUGUAUAGAAUAACUCAUUACCGGAAAAAAUACAUGACUCGUUCGGUAAAUAGUUACUAGGAUAACAUUUAACACCAGGACAAUAUAUUACUAUGAUGUACAAUAUUGCAUUGAAAUGAAAACAUGCCAAAACAUAGAACUGCAAUUGAAAGCACAGUGUGAAAUUAAUCAUAUUAAUUGAGAAUAACUGGAUAUAAUUGGAAAUUAAAUCAUGAAAUAUUCUGUGUUAGCCAGUCCAACACCAUCAAAUCAAGCUAAUCAGCCACCUACCAUUAAAACACCAACACCAGUUCCAGAUCGACCAAGUAGUCGUCCGAAAAGUGGCAGACUAUCAUCUUCUCUGAGACAUCAUGAAAUAGACGAAAAGCGAACAGUUGCAAGAAGUCCGACGUUUGUUAGUGAGCGUACAUAUACAGCAUUUGCUAGAGGAAAAAGGCCUUCAACAUCUAGAACACUAACCAGUGUCCAAUCCAGUAAUUACAAGGAUGGUAAAAUAAGUCAAAAUGGUGUUAGGACUAGUUUCAAGAUGGAUAAAAACAUCACUGGGGCAUUGCCUGCUAUGGAACCUGCAUUCGUAGAAGUGACAAAAGAAAUAGCUGGACAAUACGUGUGGAGGCUUGAGGGACGUUCACGAGUUGUUGAUCUAGAAGAACAACACCAUGGGUUUUUCCAUGAAGGAUCAGUUUAUAUUGUAUUAAAGGUGGACAGCAAUGAAACUGUUCAUUUACACUACUGGUUUGGCAAACAUAGCACUGAGAAUGACAGAAAACUCAUUGAGGAAAAAGCUCAUGAAUUAGACAGAAUUGUUCACCACGCACAUGUAUUCACGAGGGAGACGCAGCAUCAUGAAUCCAUCUGUUUUUUGAGGAAUUUCAAUGACGGUAUCAUAUACAUUGAAGGACGACCUAAAACUGCACUGUCGCGUGCCACAGUCUACGCAAAAAGAAUGUACCUAAUAGACGGACGCAAAUUCGUUCGAGCAACUUGUGUUGAACCUUCUGCUGAUCUUUUGGACAAUAAUUUAGCAUGCAUUCUGGAUGGUUUCCCUCGGAUAUAUGUGUGGAUUGGUCAGAAUUGUCCGUACACAACACGAUUGAAGGCUAUUCAAGUUGCAAAGAAGAUUCGUAACCAACAGAGAAAAGAAGUUUCACAUAUAGUGAUUAUCGAUGAAAAAGAUGUUUCUAUGAACACAGCAUUUAUAAAGAAACUACACAAUGGCGAAAAUCUACCACCAAAAGAGGAAACAAUUAACAACUUCAAUGCAAAGAUCGACGUCGAAAAUAUAGUGCUACAUAGAGUUGCUGGUGAGAGAGUCAUGUAUGAUAUGCCAGAAGCUUCUAAAAGACCUCUUAAUCAACGCUAUCUCGUGAAAAGAGACAGCUAUCUCCUGGAUACGGGACCAGAAAGUCCCCUGUAUGUAUGGGUUGGAUCACAAGCCAAUGAAAAUGCUGCCAUGAAUGGUAUAAAGAGAGGAAAGUCAUUUAAUGAACAUAAAGCUUACCCAUCACAUCAAGCUAUAUGCAGGAUAAUGGAAGAUCACGAGCCUAUAACAUUUAGAAAAAUAUUUAACGACUGGCGGGACAAAGAUACAAAACAUAGACAGCUAACAAAGAAAUAUAGUAUUGGAAAUAUAGAAAGAGCAUUGUUUUCGACAAAAGACAACAGAACUGUAGCCAAACUUGACGAAUUGUGGUCAGAAGAUUUGAUGUCAGACAUAGUACCCAAUAACGAGAUUUGGCGAGUGGGUCCAAACCAAUUGUAUGGAAUACCUUGGAAUGAACAUGGCAUAUUUAACAAUGGAAGUUGCUAUAUUGUAUUAAACCAUGUCAAGGGAAAUUCCAAGUCUUUAUAUGUUAUGUACUAUUGGUUGGGUUCAAAGUCUUCCAUAGAAUUGCAAGAAAAAACUAUGAAACAGGUUUUAUCAAAGGAUUCAGAUUUACAACAUCAAUGUAUCAUAGUUCGAGUGUUAGAUGGAAAAGAGCCAACCCAUUUUAUGAAUGUUCUUCAAAACAGUAUCAUUAUUCACGACUGUGAUUUAAAAGAUUCUAGUCAGUUUUCUACGCAGAUGUUUCGUGUUAGAGAGAUUGUAAAUGGAAAUAUGCGAGUUCUACAGGUUGUGCCAAAUAGAAGUUCUUUGAAUUCAUCAGCAUCGUUUUUAAUUAUGUCAAAAGAAGAAUGCUUCUUGUGGUAUGGAAAGAAAUCAGGAGGUCCUGAACGAGAAUAUACUAAAAGUAUGCUAGAAUUUUUAAAUCCUUCAAAAAUGUUUGAUUUUGAAGUUGUUUUGGAGGGAAGAGAAAAUAAUCGUCUUCAAGAACUUCUUGGUGCUAAUUGUGAAUAUCCCUUAGAUUUUCCCAAACCAAUAUUAGAACGGCGACAACCAAAUCUUGUUCUUUGUCAUCAUACAAAUUCAAUUUCAUUUGAGGAUAUUGUUAAUUUUCAAAAAGAGGAUCUAACAUCAGAAGACAUUUACUUUCUUGAUUCCUUUGACCAGAUAUUUAUUUGGAUCGGACAGAAUAUCGAUGAAGACGUUCGACAACAACUUUUGCAUUUACCUCAGAAAUACACAGAAGAGGAUACUGCAGGUCGUUGCAUUGCUGAUAUCAGUUUAUGGAUUAUAUCACAGAAUCAUGAACCAGAAACAUUUAUAAAACAUUUCAGGGAUUGGUGCAAUACUUCUUAUGGUGGUCAUGACGUCUAUACUUUAACACGAAAGAGAAUACGACAAGAGAAUGCUAUCAUUGACAUUGAUCAAGAGCUGGUUGACAGAAGCUAUAUGAAAUAUUCCAAGUACGCAUACAGAGAACUGAUAAAGAAAGAACCAACGGAAGAAGUGAAUAGGAGUCAUAAAGAGUUUCAUUUAACCGAAAGACAUUUUAAAGAAGUGAUGAAAAUGGGACGUCCCGAAUUUUAUCGUCUUCCAUUAUGGAAACAAGAACAAUGCAUAAAAUCUGCAAGACUUGGACACUAUGAAACGUCUGACAAUCCGUUACAUAUACGUUGUCUAUCACCAGAGUAGGAUCAUCCGUUUUGUACGUUGUCUAUCGCCAGAGUUAGACACUGGAAACAAAUAUCAUGCAUUCUUAAUUCCUCAAGAUUGAAAGCAUACAUUAUAUAUACUUAUUGGAGCAUUCAAAAGGAUAACAAACCCAUCAGACGUGAGAUAGACGUCGGACACACCAACCAUAUAGAGUGUUUUAUGGAUGCUAGUGCUUUCGUUCUUACAAACUUGUCUCUUAUACAGGCAAUUAAGAUACAGUAAACAUAGACAGCAAAUUGUUAAAAGCGUCUUGAAAUCGUGUAUGCAACAGACAAUUGUUGUAGAUUAAAUACAGAGGCGUCGGUAAAAAAAUGAGGUUUUGCCCCUUGUAGAAUUUUAAAACUACCAAUAUAUUCUAUAGUUCGCAUCUCCAUGUAAAAUUCAUUAAUUUGAUUACUAUUCAGCAAAAAUGUUCUGAUUAUAGUCAUAUAAAUCAUAAAAUCCCGCUUAUAUAGUGUUUUAGAAUUAUAAAUUCAACAACUCAAUGAUUUAAGCUACACAUUUUUACAAGCUUUUCAUUGUAGUUCUAAUGUUUUUAUUUUCAAGUGCCAAUCAAAGUGUAGUUUAUGAUACAUUUUUUAAAAUAAAAUUAUAUUAAUUAUCAAUAAUACUUUUGUGAAUAUGUUUAAUGUCAAAGACGGUGUUAUUUACACUAUGAUUGACACUUUACAUAACUUUAUGUAUUAAUGACUUUUCCUUAUAGGUAUGCACUGUGUCUUUGUACAAACAAACCUCUUGGUGACUAAUGAUAUAAAAGCGUCAUGUUUUUUACUUAUAUGGCACGCUGACCUUUCCUUUUACGAUUUUUUCGAGUGUAAUGAAGACCUUGAUAAUAAAAACAAUCAAGUGUAAUAAUCUAACACGUGAGUCUAUAACUAGCAACAUAUUUUUUUUACAUCUGGAGAUUUUAAAAUUGAGAAUGGAAAGGGGAAACAACACAACCAAAGAGGAUAAAACAGCCGAAGGCCAAUUGGUCUUCUAUUCAAUUUUGUUUCAUUGUUGGAGAAAUCUGUUCAAAAUUGGAUUCAAUAAAAUGAGUUAAAUCAUUCUCCAAAAUUUCUAUUGAAUUUAUCAAUUUUCGCCAGGUAAAACAUCUAUACAUUCGUUAAUUGGUUGAUGAUCAGUUGCUUAAUCAACAGCACUUUGAUUGAUAUGUAUGCAAACUUCCAUUUGUAAUUUUCGUUGUGCGUAUCUGGUGAAGAAAAAUGGUUACCGUUUUAUCAAAGUUUUAAAACUGAUCUACCGAUGGGAAAAUUGAAUAAAUCAUUGAAAUAUUUACAAUGGUACAAUUUAUACAUAGUUAAAUAAAUAAAGUCCUUGACAACCUCUUGGUUAUGUUAUUUUAACAGAUCUAAGUUUAUGUAACCUGAACAACAGUUAAAUGUGAUCAGUUUAAAACUCGACAACAGUUAAACAAAAACUUAUUUUGCUCUUAUUAUGAUAUUAUAUUUUCCUGUAAAGAAAUCACUAGUUUCGAAAAUCAAUCCGCAGGAUUUUGAUACAGGUUAAAUUGACCUCAUUUUAUCUAACAAAUCAAGCAAUUUAAAAUACUCUUCUUUCAAAACUAAUAGAGCUGUUAUAUACUUGUAUAAGAUUUAUAAAUCAACAGGUAUUUCUUCUAUUAUGUAAUGCAAACGAACAGUGAAUGUAUUGAUUUCAAAAUAUUUGGUAGCAGAUUUGAAUUGUCUAUUGUAGAAAUAUUACUUGAACAUGCUAUAUACAUAUUUGAUUUACAACUGUUAUGUUCACUUUUAUAAUUAGCUAUCUAAUAAAUUUAUAUGUAACGUU